UAACGCACUCUACACAUAUUCUACACUACAUUUCAAGAAAAAAAAACAAUCCAUGGCUCCUUUCAAACUUCCAUUAGUACUUUUAAUCUCGUGGCUUCUGACAACAACAACGGCAAUAAACUUGUCCAAAAUGAAACUAGGACAAGACAUUGUUGCUAGACUUCAACUCGGAGAAGGUAGCAUGCCAGUGUGCUGGAAUGCAUUAUUUGAGAUAAAAUCAUGCACGAAUGAGAUCAUACUUUUCUUCUUCAAUGGCGAAUCUUAUUUAGGGAAAGAUUGUUGUAAGGCUAUUAGAACUAUUACUUAUAACUGUUGGCCUUCUAUGCUUACUUCCAUUGGUUUUACUGCUGAGGAAGUUGAUAUUCUACGUGGUUAUUGUGGAACUCCAUCACCUCAACCUGCUGUGGCCAUUAAAGUUUAAUUUAAGAUUAUUUUAUGACUAAAGGUUUUAUGCAUGGGAAAUAGUCUUGGAUUUAAUAAUUAAUUUUGGAAUGUGCUGAAUUUGGUUAUGAUAUGAACAACUUUUAUUGGAUUCC